AGGUACUCUAUAUUCAUUUUUUGUUAAGAAGCUAAGCUGCCUGGUGGGAGGUUUUAAUUUUUUUUCCGAGUAACGGCUUGUCUCCCCCCCUUUCUUUAGCUACGCCGGUAGUGCAUACAGGCCGCCACCUGGUCUGUCAGAGGUGCUCUACCUACAGUAACUUAAUAGCCCCCCCCCCGUUUCCGGCCCCCACAUACAGGAAGGUACCGGGUUGGCGAUGGCGCCUUAAGCCGAAGACACAUUAAAGAGCACGGCCAAAUCCAAAGAGCGUUUCUGUAUUCAUCAAACCAUCAUGGCUGAAGAGGAAAUUGUAAUUCUCCGUGCAGAGUUGGAUCGUUUGUCCGCUGAGCUACAAGAGACAACAGCAGACAAGUUACAGGCUGCUCAGUAUGGUCUGGCAGUGUUGGAGGAGAAUUCAGAACUAAAACGAAAGAAUUCUGAUCUGGAUUCAGAAUGCGAGCUGCUGAAGCUAGAACUCAAGCAGAUGAAAGAGGCACUUGCUGAAUCCCAAACCAAUCACAAACGAACUGCUGAAGAUGGAGAGAGCAGGGAAGAAAAUCUACUUAAAGAAGCUGCUUCCAGAGAAGCAAAACUAUCGGAUAAGAUCGAUGAGCUUCACAGUGAACUUAAACAACUAAAAUCAUUCCGUACAAAUACUACAUCAGAAAAUGAACGCCUGCACCUGGUAAUACAAAACAUAAAAAAGGAAUAUGGAGAAACUGAAAAAGAGAAGGCAAAGCUGCGAGAAGAAAUAAAACAGUGUAAGAUUAGCGAAAUGCGACAACUGCAAGAUUUUUCUGACCUCGAAGAAGAAAACAUCUCUCUCCUAAAACAAGUGUCUAUAUUAAAGGAAAACCAGGUGGAAUUUGAAGGCAUAAAACAUGAGCUGAAAAGAAGAGCAGAAGAAAUAGAUGUUUUGAAUGGCAAUGUAGAAGAGCUGAUGAGGCUAAGAGAUAUCUCAGAAAGACAAUUGGAAGAAGCCCUAGAAUCGCUAAAAAGUGAACGGGAGCAAAAAAAAGAACUGCAACGUGAAUUAUCUGCCUUUCUUAAUUACGAUUCUGUUGGGAACUUGCAUGGAAACUUUGAGGACCACAAUGAAGAAGAGUUUGACAGUGGGUACAACUUUGGCAUAAGCAAAACUAAUGGAGAAAUAUUGAUGUCUACACCACGCAACAGUGACAUAUACCAUCCUGGUCCAAAAGCAGCAUUGAAUCUCUUCACAGAGCUUAAUCUCCCAGAAAUUCAAAAACUGCAACAGCAGCUCCUACAGGUUGAUCGGGAAAAAGCCUCAGUGAUGGCUGAUCUUGAAGGGCUGAAAAAUAAUUUGGAUGUUGCCACAGAAGCACUCUCCAAAGAACAAAAGCAAAAUGGUGAACUGUUGGAGCAAAUUAAUGCUUUAAAAGAGGAUCUUGACAACAGUGGAAGGAAAUGUGAAACAGAAGUCUUUAAAUGCCAGUGUAAGCAGGAAAACACUGAGGCAUCCAGACUCAAAAAGGAGCUUAAAGAACUCCUGCAACAAUAUCAGGACUUAAAAAAGCAAUACAAGGACGAAAAAGCUGAAUGGGAGGCAAGCAUGCAAGAAGUAACGGAAAGACUCUCUCUGUACAUGAAAUGUGAAAGAAGUGAUCAAGGACUGUUGGGCGAGCUGCAGGAAGAUUUGAAAACCCUACGGAGGUCAUACUGUGAUGUGCAGAGCAAGCUGAACCUGGCACAGGAUGAACUCAUGUCAUUUACGGAGGAGCUUGCCCAUCUUUAUCAUCACGUGUGCAUGCGAAACAGCCUCACACCCAACCGUGUCAUGCUAGACUAUUAUAGAGAUGGAAAGGGCUCAAAACUGCACUUCCGAAAAAGAAAGUCUUCUGACUUUUUCGGAAAACUUUUAGUCAGUCCGGAUAUGGAAAUAACAGAGAUACACAGCGGGGAAUGUUCCCCCCUAAGUAGCCCUGCAUCUUCCAUUGGGUCAGACUGUGGGGACUCUUCCAGAGAACCUCUCAGUAUAACUCAUCUUAUAGCAAUUGUUAAAGACCAGAUUAAGCACCUUCAGGGAGCUAUUGUGGUGUCCUGGCAACACACCUCAUUAGAAAGCAUAGCUUCGGAAAUGGACAAGGACAAAGAGGUUCUGGUGGAUGAAAUAAUGAAACUUAAAUCUUUGCUGAGCACUAAAAGAGAACAAAUAGCCACUCUGAGGACUGUUCUGAAGGCUAACAAGCAGACAGCUGAGGUAGCAAUGUCGAACCUGAAGAGCAAAUACGAAAACGAGAAGGCUCUAGUGUCAGAUACAAUGGUGAAGCUAAGACAUGAACUAAAAGCCUUGAAGGAGGAUGCUGCUACGUUUUCUUCUUUACGAUCUCUCUUCGCAAGCAGAUGUGAUCAAUAUGUGACACAGUUGGAAGAGAUGCAGCGCCAGCUUGCUGCAGCAGAGGAUGAGAAGAAGACUCUGAAUUCCUUGCUCAGGAUGGCCAUUCAGCAGAAGCUGGCCCUAACACAACGAUUGGAGGGUCGGGAAGGAGCACAUAAUGCCUCUAAAAGCCACUCAAAGUCCUCUACAAAAGGCAAAACGCAUUCUGCAAAAUCAAAGUAUAUUUGAAUAUUGCAGUUAAGCACCUCCGGCCCUACUUUCUGCCUGUGGGUAUCUACAUCACCAGCCUUCAGACAUCCCUGCUAAAAGGAGAAUUGGACCACAGUCAGCAUUAGAGCAACACCAGCGUUAUACCUACGCUAAAAAUCUACAAGAUGCUUGCAUAACGGUUUACAUCUAUCUCUGAAAAAACACUCCAGUCUUCAAUGAAAUCAUGUUUUUUACUGUAAACCUGUAGUCAGUAUUGUAUUUAUUAGAUUUUAUUAUAAUACGAAAACUGCAAACCACUGGAGUUUUUUGUCAAAAGUGCCUUAAACUAUUUUAUAUUUACUAACCUGUUUUUAACAUUUAGCAUCAUUUAUUUAUCUGAGGUUUAUACUCUCCCUCUGACUGGCCUUUCCCUUCCCUUUCUGAUGAUAAAUGGCUCAAAAACAGCACCUUCUCUGCAUCGGGCCGCUCUUACACAUGAUGUGUGAAAAUUGUCACAUUCACUAUCUGUAACAUAACAGGAAGUUUGUAUACUGGUGUAUGUAUACUGGUGUAUGUAUACCGGUGUAUGUAUACCGGUGUAUGUAUACCGGUGUAUGUAUACCGGUGUAUGUAUACCGGUGUAUGUAUACCGGUGUAUGUAUACCGGUGUAUGUAUACUGGUGUGUCUUAUGCACAAUUAACUCCCGGAUAACACAAUAAUCACAAUGAUUCCUAAUACAGGGGCAGUGUAACUAAUUCUUCAGCAUAAGUUCACUGAAUAGGACUUGCUCUGAGCACACUUUUUGCCUAUUGUUUUAAUUAAUGUUUUUGUUUUUGAGCUAAACAGGGAAUGGCUGAGAAACUCCGGUAAUCAUGAAGAUGCUGAAAACCAGAACAGUGUUUAAAGAUAAUGGCAUAUGGGGCAAUUUCUAGUGUUUUGUGCCCCGUGUGAUUGUUGCCCUCUGAGAAGGGGACAAUAUGCUAGAAAUCCUCCUGUGCUCAUGUCACUAAAGUUUACUAUUCUAGCUAAUUACUGCCCCUUUCAUUAAAAUGAGGAGAGAACUGCAAUUUAGAGCUUUUUGGCACAUUUGAGUUUUCCUCCUGUAAAUGGAGGAUGUUUACAUAUUGGCCUCACUUAGUUAUUCCAUCUUUGAUAGAUACUUAAACCUUAAUGGAUAGUUGAACACAUUCCAUAUAAUGAUUACUGUUUAAGAUAUGAAUUCAUAAUAAGUUAAAAAAAAAUUGAACUAAACUAUUUUAAUAACGUGAUAUAUUUUAUUACAAGUCUGCAGCCAUUGGUUGCUUUUUAAAAGAUGCUGGGUUAUCUGUACAAUAUUGUAAUGACAGUAUUAAUUGAAUAAUGUUUGCAUUGGACAUCCACGUUUCUAAUUGUGCUCUAACCACUUGUUUGUUUGUUUGUUUGUACCUUGAUUGUGAAACAACAAAAUGAACAAAAGCUGAAGUCAGGGGUUGCAUUUGUUUAAUAUACCUACCCUGCAGCAAUUUUGUGGAGGGAUACGUCCAUUCAGGCUAUUGCUUCUAGCUUUUAGCAUUCCACUUGUUUGUAUAUAAAUGAAAAGAUAAUUGCAUUUACCUCACAAUCUUGUGGGAUGUCCAUUUUAUGGGGGACCAUUUUAUGAUGGUGUUAGUGUAACGGUGAUAAAAUAAGCAGCACUGGGCUAGGUACGGAUUUUCAGUUUUAUAUUGAUGCUAUUUUGUUAUUAUAGAAUUCACCCUUAGAGAUACAACUUUUUUUCCCCAAAAGCUCCAUAUUCCACUGGAGGGAAAGAUCAUUUUCCAUUGUCAAAGUUACUGUGAUUUACAGGUAACAUUGCAUUCCACUGUUCAUAAAUAAAAAUAUAUUUAAUGUAAAA